GGUGAGGGCAUGGAGGGACAGGGCAUGGAGGAACAGGGCAUGGAGGGACAGGGCUCCAGGCAGGUCCCUCUGGGGAGAUGAUCUCACCCAGCAACCCCUGUUAUAGCUGGGGUGGGAUAAGGAAGAGUGGGCACUGGUGAAUGCCGUGCUGAGCAAGCCCUGUGCCUCAGUUUCCCCGGGACAGAAGUGAGUAGACAGGGCAGGAUAUGGCUUUUGGGGUUGCCCAAAGCUUUCAAGAGCCACCGUGGCACAUGGUCGCCUCCAGCGCCGAACAGGACACGCACGUGAAGCCACGGCCUGAUGCGCCCUCCCGGCUCCCUACAAACCCCUCCUCUCCUUCCAGCCCCUUCCAGCCGUCAUGGUGGGUCUGAAGCCCCCCGAGGUGCCCCCGACGGCCGCGGUCAAGUUCGUCAGCGCGGGGAUGGCCGGCUGCAUCGCGGACCUGUGCACCUUCCCCCUGGACACGGCCAAAGUGCGGCUGCAGAUCCAGGGAGAGGCGAGGGUCCCGCGGCCCGUCAGCUCCGUGCGGUACCGGGGUGUUUUGGGGACGCUGAGCACCAUGGUGAGGACGGAGGGAGCCCGCAGCCUGUACAGCGGGCUGGCGGCCGGGCUGCAGCGCCAGAUGAGCUUCGCCUCCAUCCGCAUCGGCCUCUACGACUCGGUGAAGCAGCUCUACACCCCCAAGGGGGCUGAGAACACAGGCAUGGCCGCACGGCUCCUGGCCGGCUGCACCACGGGCGCGGUKGCCGUGGCCUGUGCCCAGCCCACCGACGUGGUCAAGGUCCGCUUCCAGGCCAGCGGGGCGCUGCCGGACAGUGCCCGCCGCUACAGCGGCACCGUGGAUGCCUAUCGGACCAUCGCCAGGGAGGAGGGCAUCCGCGGGCUCUGGAGAGGGACGCUGCCCAACAUCGCCCGCAAUGCCAUCAUCAACUGCGGGGARCUCGUCACCUACGACCUCCUCAAGGACGCGCUGCUGCGGACACGGCUCAUGACGGGUGAGGACGGCGCGGGGCGGACGUGGCGGGUGCCAUCCCUGUCCCCCAAUGUCCAACCCCCGGCUCUUCCCCCUUCAGACAAUGUCCCGUGUCACUUCGUGGCCGCUUUCGGCGCSGGGUUCUGCGCCACGCUGGUGGCGUCGCCCGUGGACGUGGUGAAGACGCGGUACAUGAACGCGAGCCCCGGCGAGUACCGCAGCGCCCUGAGCUGUCUGCUGGCGCUGCUCACGCAGGACGGCCCCGCCGGCCUCUACAAGGGCUUCGUGCCGUCCUUCCUGCGGCUGGGCUCGUGGAACGUGGUGAUGUUCGUGUCGUACGAGCAGCUGCAGCGCGCUGUGGCGCUGGCACGGCCGGCCCUGGCCUGAGCCCCCCGGCCCCUUCUGCCGGCCCAGCGAGGCUCAGCAUCAAUUAAUUACAUCAAUUACAUCAAUUACAUCAAGUACAUUAAUUGCCGAAGCACCGGCGGGCAGCGGAGCCACACGCUCGGGGAGGGACCGGACAGACGGAAGGAGAAAGGACGCUGUUCGAGGAGAAACGCGGGAUAAUGGAGGCUUUCUGAGAAGAGUUUUAAGGGACAGAGGAAAAAAAAAUGUUUCUUGGCUUUCCAUCCGGGAAGAGCAAUGCUUCCCAAGGGCAGUGGUGUGGGCAGGUGGGACCAAACUGAGAGCCAGGGAAUGCAGCGAUUCCUGUUAUUCCUUACUGGCGYUUCCAAUAAACGGCCCCUAUGGGG